AUGUCCCACCCCAACUCGCCCUCAGACCGGGCGCCGGCGAACACCGACCUUCCCUCACCUCCAUUCAUAAACGCACCGGGCCUCGUCAACAUGCGCGAUGCAGGCGGAUAUGCCAUCCAAAGCAAUCCGGGCAAGGUCAUCAGGCGCGGCGUGCUCUUUCGCUCGGCCCACCUCAACGACCUUGGCGACGAAGGGAUCUCUACUCUCAAGCAGCUCGGCAUCACCCAAGUAUUUGAUCUCAGGUCCCGCAAAGAGCACGGCGGGGAGGCAUUAAAGACCUGGGAGGGGGCCAACCGUAUCUUUGCGCCCGUCUUUUUAGAUGAGGAUUACAGUCCGGCGGCCAUCGCUGCCCGCUUCGGCCAGUACGGCGAUGGGCCAGAGGGUUUCGUGAAGGCGUACGCCUCCAUCUUGGCCACCGCCGCCCACGAAGACCACCCAUCCAAGCCUUUUCAGACCAUCCUCCACCAUCUCGCCUCACCAACGGUCCCGUCACCAGUGCUGAUACAUUGCAGCGCCGGCAAGGACAGGAAGUGGCCCGUUACACUCCUCCCUUUCCCUUCCCCAAUCUUCCACCUCCACCUCCAGCCCUGCGUCAUCGUAGCCCUCAUCCUGGCCCUCUGCGGCCUUGAAGACGAAGUCAUCGCCCACGAGUACAGCCUGACCAACCUGGGUUUGGCCCCUCGCCGAGAGGCGAUCGUGCAGCGGCUGACCGUGUACCCAUUCCAAGGGGAUCGGGAAAGGGCCGAGAAGAUGGUCAGCGCGCCUAAGGAGGUUAUGCUCCAGACGCUGAAGUUCCUUCGCAAGGAGUACGGCUCCGUCGAGGAUUAUGUUCUCGACAAGCUCCACAUAUCCCAGGCAACCGUCGAGCAGCUCCGUAAGAACCUUGUCGUCGACCUUGCCGAGGGCGAGAAGGCACUAGACUGGCGGAGCCACGCCGGCCUCCUGGAGAAACCACAUCUGUAG